GUCACGACUGCAAAAUUAUUCCAACCUCUCGUGUGUUCGUGGUGUGUGUAUAUAUAAUCUCGUCUCCACCCAUCCCCACCAACACUUCGAGCUAACCCGAUCACACAUCGUCGGUCGCCGCCGUACGUCGCCGGCCGGUAGCAGCUGAAGCAGUCUCCUCUAGCUAGCUAGCUUAACUAUGGCGUCGUCAUCAAGGCCGUUGCUCAGAAGGGUGCUGUCGUUCAGGGAGCCGCUGCUGCUCAUCCCGUACCUGAUCGGCUUCGUCGCCGCCGCGGCGUCGGGGUUCUUCCACAGCUACUCCUCGUUCCUCCACUCGUUCGCCAGGUCGGUCGUCCCGGCGGCGGCGGCCUGCGCGGUGGUCAAGUGCGCGUACUCGUCGUCGUCGGCGGCGGAGUCGUGCGGCGAGGCUGGUGUCGCCGCCGCCGCCGCCCAGGAGGAGGAGGAGGGGGAGGAGGCUCUGCGGCCUCUGAGUAGGGAGGAAGUGGAGGAGAUCAUGGAGCGGAUCGGCCUGGGUGUGGCCGGCCACGGCGAGGGCCUCAGGCCGCGCAUCGGCCACGACGAGGUGUCGAGGCUGUUCGACGCCGACGAGCCGAGCUUCGCCGAGGUGCGGCGCGCCUUCGCCGUGUUCGACGGCAACUCCGACGGCUUCAUUGACGCGUCCGACCUGCAGCUCGCCCUGGCGAGGCUAGGGUUCCGGGAGGACGCCGCCGCCUGCCGCGCCAUGAUCGCCGCCAGCUGCGGCAGCAUCGACGGCCGGAUGAACCUCUUCCAGUUCGUCAAGUUCCUCGAGACCGGCCUCUGCUGAUCAAUUCCUUCAGCUUUUUUUCUUUCUCUCUCUCUUUUUUUUUUGGUUCGUUGCACGGUGCACGGCUCAGCUUGUGGCAGAAGAUGAGAGAGCUAAUUAAGCUAGUGGUGUGUGUGUUGCAAAUUUUCUGUAAUUUUCUUUUUUUCCUUCUGCGAGGCAUGAGUUGGGUGCUUUGUGCAACAAUUAACGCACUAAUCUGUCCAUUAAUCGAUCAUCUAAACUUGGUCAAAUCAAUCUGUACUUUCACCUAAAAAACUGUAUAUGAAUGAUCUCUGGCUUAAUUUGCUUGCUUCCAUUGAUCAGUUCUCUGAAUCAA